AGCGUAAAACAAGAUGGCGUCGCGUCCAACAUAAAUCGGUGUGAAUGAGUUUAACGGCGUAGACGGCCGCCUCUCCGGAGGCUCUCGUGUUGUUUUACGGUUGUUUUGGUUACAGGAGACGUUUGGCGGUGAGAUAAGCGUGUUGUAAGCGUUGCCGGACACCUCAGAGGAGCCCUGCGGCUCUUGUUUCGUUCCUCCUACGAGCGUCCGGUGACAGCCGGGGAGGCGAGCCGCUGACAGGCAGGAUGGACAGCGGAGAAUACAUCUCCUCUAUGGACAACAUGGACCCGACUUUAGCGGAAUUAGGGGACGAAUUCACCUUAGGAGACAUAGACGAGAUGCUGCAGUUUGUCAGCAACCAGGUGGGCGACUUCCCAGACUUGUUUGAGGACCAGAUGAACACAUCAGGCUCUCUGCAGAGCGCUGGCACCAACUCCACCCCAAAACCGGCCCUUCAAACCCCUCAGACUCAUCAGACUCCCCAGACACCCACAGCUGCUGCCUACCAGAGCUCCAGCGUUAGCCUCGCCUCCUCCCAGACGCUGUCCCCCCAGUCUGUGCCCCUCACUCCUCCCCUCACUCCUGUGCAGACGCCCUCACCCACCACCACCUCCUCAGUGCAGCAGCAGGUGACCCGCAGCCCUCCUCUCCUGCAGCCACGGCCUCAGUUGGUCCAACCCAUCCAGCCGCAGCCCCAGCAGACGGCCCAGCCCACCAUCCAGAUGCACACCCAGGGGAUUCCCAUGCAGACCCAGAGCUUCCCUGUACACACUCUGGUUCAGACCCACAGCCAGACGCCCCUGCCCAUCCAGACGCAGGCGGCUCAAACGGUGAUGAUCGCCUCCAACGGUGGACAGUCACGCUUCAUCCAGAACCCCGUCAUCUGCCAUCAGAGCCCUGCUCCUGGAUUCCAAGUCCUCCAGCCACAGAUGCAGAGCAUCAUGACAUCACCACAGCUCCAACCAGUGACCAUUCAGCACCAGCGUGUUCUGACCCCAACAGGUCAAACCAUCCAGACUCUCUCCACAGCACCCACCACAGUCCACACUGUGCAACAGCAGGUGCAACAAGUACCUGUUCUGGUCCAGCAGCCUCAGAUUCUGAAGACAGACUCGUUGGUUCUCACAACGCUCAAACCAGAUGGAACACAGGUGCUGUCUACCAUGCAGAGCCCCACCGGGAUCACCACGCUGACCACGCCCAUCCAGAACACAGCUCUACAAGUCCCGACGCUGAUGAGCAGCAACAUCCUCACCACCGUCCCUGUUGUAAUGGGAGGAGGAGACAAGCUGCCGAUCAAACAGCUCCAGCCAGGCUCUUCUCACUGUCCAAACGGAGUCAGACCAGGCAUGGAGCAGAGCCAGGUGACAGCAGGAGUAGUCGGACCAGGAGGUGUAGUGAAGGAGGGCGAGAGGAGGACGACCCACAACAUCAUUGAGAAGCGAUAUCGGUCCUCCAUCAAUGACAAGAUUAUGGAGCUCAGAGAUCUGGUCAUGGGAAGUGACGCAAAGAUGCAUAAGUCAGGAGUGUUGAGGAAGGCCAUCGACCACAUAAAGUACCUGCAACAGGUCAACCACAAACUACGACAGGAGAACCUGGCACUGAAGAUGGCCAACCAGAAGAACAAGCAAGUGGCAAUAUCUGAAGAUGUAGAGCUCAAACAGGAGGUAGUGAUGAUGUCGCCUCCAGCCUCAGAUUCCGGUUCUGGUUCCCCUCACCAGUUCUCUCCUUACUGCGUCGACUCGGAGCCCGGCAGCCCCUUACUGGACCAUGACCAGAUGAAGAUUGAACCGGACUCUCCCUCCUCCGUUGGAGUGAUGGAUCGUUCUCGACUGCUCCUCUGUGCUCUGACGUUCUUCUGCCUGUCCCUAAACCCUCUGCCUUCUUUGUUGGGCUCGGAGGCCUCAGGAAGCCCCAGCCUGUCUACAGGCCAUGGCCCAGCUAGAACACUUUUCUGGUUCCCAAGUCACACACAGGACUUUGCAUCUUGGCUGCGGUGUCUGUUGCCGUGGGUGAUGGUGUGGGUGCUGAGUGGGGUGGGAGCAGUGUGGGGCUGUGUCAGGGUGCUGUACCUGUGGGAGCCCGUCACUCCCCUCCACUCACCAAAAUCCGUGUCCUUCUGGAGGCACCGAAAACAAGCAGAUCUGCAUCUCAACAGGGGAGAUUACACGGCAGCAAUGGCCAGCUUAGAAACUUGCCUGUCUGUCUUGACAAGAGCUCUUCCCUCAACCACUCUGGAUUUGGUCUGCUCGCUCUCUUGGAAUUUGAUUCGCUACUGCCUGCAUCGUCCGACUCCCCUGGGCUGGCUGGUUCACCAAGUCGGAGGAAAGCACGAGGGCGAGGAGGCGAGGACGAGCGCAAAGGAUGCUGCGCUGGUUUACCACCGGCUGAGCCAAUUGCAACUGACAGGAAAACUGCCUCAGCGGAGCAGCCUGUGGGCGUUGUCUCUGUCUCUGAGUGCCGUCAACCUCAGCGAGAGCGCCCAAGGGAAGAUGGCCCCCGCACAGCUUGCCCAGAUUUAUGUCACCGCGGCAACGGCCCUGCGCACUGUGCUGGGUCACCAUCUCUCCUGUCUGCCUGCUUACCUGUUGGGUUGUGCGGAGAGUGUAGCCAACCAAUCAGAGACCAAGCCGAUCCCCGACUGCCUGCGCUGGCUCUUCACUCCACUGGGCAGGCAGUUCUUCCUGAGCUGCGAUUGGUCGGUGAAGUCGGAGAGCAGCGAUGGAGUGUACACCUCUCAGAGAGAACCAGCUGACCCCAUUGCCCAGCUCCAUCGCUGCUUCUGCAGGAAACUUUUGGAGAGAGCCGUUCACACCCUCAUCCAGCCGCAGAGCGAUUCCGAUGCAGACAAAUGCAAGAAUGAGUCCGGGGAGUUUUCCAGCGCCCUGGAGUUCCUUCAGUUGUUGAACAGCUGCACAGAGGACUCUCCUUCCCCUCCUCCUCCUUUCUCGACUCCACCCAAUCACACCACCAUUCCAGUGGGAGACCCAGUGAGUCGUUGGUGGGCUUUGGUCCUGAAGGCCGCUGUUCAUUGGCUGCAGGGCGAUGAUGCCGCGGUGAGGUCGCUUCUGGCAGAGGCAGAGCGAAUGCCGAGAGCUCUGCACAUUCUUGAUCACCCUCUGCCCAAGGCUGUGCUGCUUCUCUGCAAGGUGGUCCAGAUGAGUCUGUCCCCUCUGAAAGGAGAGGGGGCAGUAAGCUGUCUUUCCCACUGUGACAGAGCCAGCAGCUACCUUCGCUCCAGCAUCUCAGUGCCACUCGCACAGUCUGGGAACUGGCUGAACAAGGGGGUUGAGCUGCUGGUCUGUGAUCUUCUCCUAACCUUGAGGACCAGUUUAUGGCAACGGGGAGGCAGCACUAAUGGAGAACCUGGACCAGCUCCUGGAUCCCAGUUGGCUGGUUUCCAGAGGGACCUCAGUGCACUCAGAAAGCUCACACAGUGCUACAGACAGGCACAACACAAGGUGUUCCUUCAUGAGACCACAGUGAGGCUGAUGGCUGGAGCCAGUCCCACAAGGACACACCAGCUGCUGGAGCACAACCUCCGACGCCGGACACACAGCUCCUACACAACCGAUGGAGAGUGUGUUCUAGGUGAGAGGGAGAGGGCUCACGCCAUCCUGCUCGCCUGCCGCCACCUGCCCAUGCCUCUGCUGACCCCGCCUGGACACCGAGCUCGUCUGCUGGCUGAGGCCAAGCGAACCCUGGAGCGGGUGGGAGACCGUCGAUCCUUGCAGGACUGUCAGCAGAUCCUACUGCGCCUCAGCGGAGGCACCACCAUCGCUGCUUCCUGAACACAACACACAAUGAUCUGUGCAGUUUGCUCUCACACACAGAGAGAUAUUAAUGAGGCUACUCAUCCACCAACAUGUAAUUUUACCAUUGACAGCUCUUCACACUGAUCAAAGGAUGGAAAUAUAAAGACUUUGCUUCGAAGUCCUGCGUAUACAAGUUCACACACUGCUCAAAGCUACAUAUUUGCUCCUUUAAUACUUACUUGCGUUUUUGCGGCACAAUCACCCCACCUUGUGGUCGUCAGUGGUACUCUGCUGCCUCAUUUCCAACAAAACUACACAACCAGGAAAAUCAGGUUAAACAGGCCCGAAGGGAAAAGGGACCAUUACUCUUAAUAGCUGUUUAAAUUAAUGCAACGGAGCAGUGCAUUGAUUAGCUGUAGGAUACCGAGCUGUACAAUCAUUAUUGGCACACUGUAACGGUCUCAUUUAAUUUGCAAGCUUCAAUUAAGGGCUUUGCAGUAUUCAAGAGUAGGAUGCCGCUUGCUUUUAACCAUACAGUGCUGAGUAGUGUCUCCUCUUAUCUACCUCAAAUACUGUACAAUGCCAGCGUUUUACCGCGGAGCAAAAUAGGAUACUUGUGCACUGCGUCACCUACCGAGAAUUUAAAAUAAUUGACCAAGUGAUGCUUCGAUUCAGCAUCAUUCUAAUAAAAUCGUGCCGACCUGCUUAACUUUAACUGUACAAGUCAGCAACACAGCAGUUUAGGAAUUAGAUGAAAAGCAGGGCAAAUUGUUUGGGAAAUAUCUAAAUAACAGAGCGAAGCAGGCAUGAGCUGAUGUGCUUUUAAAAAUGUCUGUAGACAAACACAAGAUGCAUAUAUAAAUGACUUGCGCUUGAACACAUAAUGUGAUUGUAUAUAGGUUGUACAUAAGCAAAUAGACAGACGUAGAUUAAAGACAAAGUUCUUAAUUAUUAUUUGAGAGAAGGCACCCUGAGAACAAUCAGAGCUGUAAUGUAAUGUUUGGAGAGCGAGGUCAACUUCUCAACCUUGAAGUUUUACACCAAAAACUAUGAAAUCACCAAACACCUGCUAUAUAGCCUUGAAUGGUGGCUUCAAAAAACAGUACUUGUAGUUGCUUUGAAUACAUGUUGGCUCAUUGUAAUGACAGGAAAAGAGCACCAAUCUGCUCCUAAAAGUUUUCUGUGGAAUAUUCCACCUUUCUGCCUGUAAAAGCCACCUUUCAAGCCUGCAGGCAGGUGGGUGUUAGAGAGUCAAAAGAUGUUUGCUGGCGUAUCACUUUAAGGUCUAUCUAGGUAAAAAUGGUCUGAUAAAAGUGAAGAAUGUUAUUUCUUGGAAGUGAUGUCCAACUAUGAGUAAAGCUCUCAAAGCAAAAAUGGCCUUGAUGUUAUGUAAAAAAAUAAUUUUAUCAUGUCGUCAUGUAGGAAAGACGGAGGACUUUGUGUAUCUUUGUGAAAUCUUUUUAUUGGUAAUUGUUGACUCACAUGGCACAGCACUUCUUUCAUUCCUGUUUCUGUGCUCUGAUUAUCUUAUUUAAUGGUUAUGUGAUAUGACUAUAAAUGCUUUUGGGGGGGGCAGUUGUGUCAUUGUUAUUGUUUUGUAUGGGUCAGAAACAGUCAGAGGGAGAAUCUGUCAUAGGACAACGUUUUGUAUUUUAUUGAAGAAGUAAAUCCCUCAUUUAAACAUUUAGCUUGGCAUUUUAGGAUAUACUUUUUUUUUUUUUUUUUUUUAGCACAUUGAAAUUCGUUGCUGAUUUUAAAACACAAGCAUACUAUUAGAAAGUCCUCGAACUCUGUCUUCCAGGUCAACCCAAAUCUAGCAGUACUGAAAAUACUUCCAUCGGUUUAGAUUUCCUGGUUGGUAAAAGUCCACAGAGGAGAAAGCAGUGCUUAGACGGCAAGCUGCAGGUUUUGCUAGCAUUAUAAUUGUUACUUUUAUUUUUGUCUUUUCCUUUUUGUUUGACGUGUUUCGUUGUCUCAAUUUCUGUGUUCAUUUGGAUGUUUUCUAAUAAAACAAUACAUGACAGUG